GUUUUGUAUCCAGGAAUCUUUCAUAGCUUUUUUCAAAAUAUUUUUCCUUUGCAUCUUUCAUCUUCAGCCCUUGUCUCACAACAGAAAAACCUUGAAGGAUAUGUGGGGUUUGCAAAUCUUCCAAAUCAAGUUUACCGGAAGUCUGUGAAGAGAGGAUUUGAAUUCACACUCAUGGUAGUAGGUGAAUCUGGACUGGGAAAAUCAACAUUAAUCAACUCAUUAUUCUUAACAGAAUUGUAUUCCCCAGAGUAUCCAGGUCCUUCACACAGAAUUAAAAAGACUGUACAGGUUGAGCAGUCAAAAGUUUUAAUCAAAGAGGGUGGUGUUCAGUUACUACUUACAAUAGUUGACACACCAGGAUUUGGAGAUGCUGUGGAUAAUAGUAAUUGUUGGCAGCCAGUUAUCGACUACAUUGACAGUAAAUUUGAGGACUACCUGAAUGCAGAAUCUCGAGUGAACAGACGUCAGAUGCCAGAUAAUAGAGUGCAGUGUUGUUUAUACUUCAUUGCUCCUUCAGGACAUGGACUUAAGCCUUUGGAUAUAGAGUUUAUGAAGCGCCUGCACGAAAAAGUGAAUAUCAUUCCACUUAUUGCCAAAGCAGACACACUUACACCCGAGGAAUGCCAACAGUUUAAAAAACAGAUAAUGAAAGAAAUCCAAGAACACAAAAUUAAAAUAUAUGAAUUUCCAGAAACAGAUGAUGAAGAAGAAAAUAAGAUUGUUAAAAAGAUA